GCGCUCUCGAGCGCGGGAAUCGGCGCUGCGCGGGCGGGUGCUUUCUGCUCUCCUUAGGGGUGGAGGCAGCGUCUCCUCCGUGAGUCCUCGUUGCCGCAGCCGUCACCGCACCGAGGACACGCGUAUCCCCUUUCCCGUUUAAUGACUGACAGACCUUUUGCUUUAUCUUGCUUGUGCGGUUGGGGUGGGAGUGACAGGGCUGCGAAGAGCGUGCCCGGAGAAACGACUGAUCUGUAUUCUUCCCCUUCAGCUUUCCCCUCCUUUUAAAUACGGAGACGCGUUUGUACAGUAGUUCAAAUAGGUAAAGAAAAAGAUGCCGGCCACGCAGAAACCGAUGAGAUAUGGACAUACAGAAGGACACACGGAUGUCUGUUUUGAUGAUUCCGGGAGUUGUAUUGUGACUUGUGGAAGUGAUGGUGAUGUGAGGAUUUGGGAAGACUUGGAUGAUGAUGACCCUAAGUCCAUUAAUGUUGGAGAAAAGGCGUUCUCAUGUGCUUUGAAGAAUGGAAAAUUGGUCACUGCAGUUUCUAACAAUACUGUUCAAGUCCACACAUUUCCUGAAGGAGUUCCAGAUGGUAUAUUGACUCGCUUCACUACAAAUGCAAACCAUGUGGUCUUUAAUGGAGAUGGCACUAAAAUUGCUGCUGGAUCUAGUGAUUUUCUAGUCAAAAUUGUGGAUGUCAUGGAUAAUAGCCAGCAGAAAACAUUUCGAGGACAUGAUGCCCCUGUUUUAAGUCUUUCCUUUGAUCCUAAGGACAUCUUUCUGGCAUCAGCCAGUUGUGAUGGAUCUGUCAGAGUAUGGCAAAUUUCAGAUCAGACAUGUGCUAUCAGUUGGCCACUGCUACAAAAAUGCAACGAUGUGAUCAAUGCAAAGUCAAUCUGCAGACUUGCUUGGCAGCCAAAAAAUGGAAAAUUACUUGCAGUUCCUGUAGAAAAGUCUGUUAAACUGUUUAGAAGAGAAACUUGGAGUAACCAAUUUGAUCUUUCAGAUACUUUCAUCUCUCAGACCCUCAAUAUAGUAACCUGGUCUCCCUGUGGACAAUAUUUAGCUGCAGGUAGUAUUAAUGGUUUAAUUAUAGUUUGGAAUGUGGAAACCAAAGGCUGCAUGGAAAGGGUGAAACAUGAGAAAGGUUAUGCAAUUUGUGGCCUAGCAUGGCAUCCUACUCUUAGUCAAAUAUCUUAUACUGAUGCAGAAGGAAAUCUAGGGCUUCUGGAGAAUGUUUGUGACCCCAGUGGAAAGAUGUCAAGCAGUAAGGCAUCUAGCAGAGUGGAAAAGGAUUACAAUGAUCUUUUUGAUGAAGAUGAUGCAAGUAAUGGUGGUGAUUUUCUCAAUGACAAUGCAGUCGAGAUCCCCUCUCUUUCGAAGGGGAUUAUAAAUGAUGAUGAAGAUGAUGAUAACCUCAUGCUGGCUUCAGGUCAUUUGAGACAACGAAGUAACGUUCUAGAAGAUGAUGAAAACUCAGUUGAUGUUACAAUGUUGAAAACUGGUUCUAGCUUUCGUAAAGAGGAAGAGGAAGAUGAUCAGGAGAGCAGCAUUCACAAUUUACCACUUGUAACAUCCCAAAGGCCAUUUUAUGACGGACCCAUGCCAACCCCCCAGCAAAAGCCAUUCCAGUCAGGCUCUACACCCUUGCAUCUUACUCAUAGGUUCAUGGUGUGGAACUCUACUGGAAUUAUUCGCUGCUAUAAUGAUGAGCAAGACAAUGCAAUAGAUGUGGAGUUCCAUGAUACCUCUAUACACCAUGCUACACACUUAUCCAACACUUUGAAUUAUACAAUAGCGGAUCUUUCCCAUGAAGCUGUUUUGUUGGCAUGUGAAAGCACAGAUGAACUAGCAAGCAAGCUUCAUUGUCUGCACUUUAGUUCUUGGGAUUCAAGCAAAGAGUGGAUGGUAGACAUGCCUCAGAAUGAAGAUAUUGAAGCCAUAUGUCUCGGUCAGGGUUGGGCUGCUGCUGCCACAAGUGCCUUGCUCUUGCGAUUGUUUACUAUUGGAGGUGUUCAGAAAGAGGUCUUCAGCCUUCCUGGGCCUGUGGUGUCAAUGGCAGGACAUGGAGAACAGCUUUUCCUUGUUUAUCACAGAGGCACAGGAUUUGAUGGAGAUCAGUGCCUCGGUGUUCAGCUGCUAGAGCUGGGGAAAAGGAAAAAACAAAUUUUGCAUGGUGACCCUCUUCCUCUUACAAGAAAAUCCUACCUAGCAUGGAUUGGAUUUUCAGCUGAAGGUACCCCCUGUUAUGUGGAUUCAGAAGGCAUUGUUCGAAUGCUUAACAGAGGGCUUGGUAAUACAUGGACUCCCAUAUGUAACACAAGAGAACACUGCAAAGGAAAAUCUGAUCACUACUGGGUGGUUGGCAUCCAUGAAAACCCUCAGCAACUAAGGUGCAUUCCUUGUAAAGGUUCUCGGUUUCCUCCCACCCUUCCACGCCCUGCUGUAGCUAUACUACCCUUUAAACUUCCUUACUGUCAGAUCACAACAGAGAAAGGACAAAUGGAGGAACAGUUUUGGCGUUCAGUUAUAUUUCACAACUACCUUGAUUAUCUAGCUAAAAAUGGUUAUGAAUAUGAAGAGAGCACUAAAAAUCAAGCAACAAAGGAGCAGCAAGAACUUUUAAUGAAAAUGCUUGCGCUUUCUUGUAAACUGGAACGGGAAUUUCGUUGUGUGGAACUUGCUGAUCUGAUGACUCAAAAUGCUGUGAAUUUAGCUAUUAAAUAUGCUUCUCGCUCUCGGAAAUUAAUAUUGGCCCAAAGACUUAGUGAACUGGCUGUAGAGAAGGCAGCUGAAUUGGCAGUAUCCCAGGCAGAACAAGAGGAAGAAGAAGAAGAGGAUUUCAGAAAAAAGCUGAAUGCUGGUUACAGUAAUACUGCUACAGAAUGGAGCCAACCACGGCUCAGAAAUCAAGUUGAAGAAGAUGACAAGGACAGUGGAGAAACGGAUGAUUUAGAAGAAAAACCAGAAAUACAUAUACCUGGACAGAACCCAUUUUCCAAAUGUGCAGAUUCCUCUGAUGUUCCAUCCAAGUCAGGUGCAGUUACCUGUAGUAACCAAGGACGAGUAAACCCCUUCAAGGUACCAGCCAGUUCCAAAGAGCCAACCAUGUCAAUGAAUUCACCACGUUCAACUAGUAUUUUAGACAAUAUAAACAAGUCAUCCAAGAAAUCCACUGCACCUAAUCGAGCAGCAAAUAAUAAAACGUCUCCGGUUAUAAAGCCUCUGAUUCCAAAGCCAAAGUCUAAGCAGGCAUCUGCAGCAUCCUAUUUCCAGAAAAGAACUUCUCCAGCUGAUAAAGCAGAAGAAUUGAAAGAAGAAAAUCUUAAAAAUUCAUUAUCUGAAACCCCAGCUAUUUGUCCUGAAAGCACUGAAAACCAAAAGCCAAAGACUGGGUUCCAGAUAUGGCUAGAAGAAAAUAGAGGUAACAUAUUAUCUGACAAUCCUGACUUUUCAGAAGAAGCAGAUAUAAUAAAAGAAGGAAUGAUUCGAUUUAGAGUGUUGUCAGCUGAAGAAAGAAAGGCAUGGACUAAAAAAGCCAAGGGAGAAACUGCAAGUGAUGAAGCUGAAGCAAAGAAGCGAAAACGUGUGGCUGGCGAAAGUGAUGAAACAGAAAACCAGGAAGAAAAAGAAAAGGAAAAUCUGAAUGCCCCUAAAAAGCAAAAAUCUUUAGAUCUUUCUACAAAUCAGAAACUGUCAGCUUUUGCAUUUAAACAGGAGUAAAGGAAGAAAGUGACCUUAGGAAAGUAAUAGACAUUUUUUAUUCAUCUUCGAUGAAUCUGGACUUCUUUUUUUUUGUCUUUAGGAAACUCCUUUUGUGUUUUUAAAAGAGUUUAACAAUAACUGUUUGUAGGAUAAUUAGUAAUUAUAUUGUUAAGGUAGAGGGCAUGUGUAAAAAGUAUCGGAUUACUCUGCCUCCAAAUUGAGAGCCAUUCAGAAACCUCGUGAUUGUGAUUACUGACUUUAGGCCACUAACAUGCCCAGUGGAAGCCAGUUUGAUUUUGUUUCUUAACUUCAGAAAUCAUCAAAGCCAAGGUCCUAAACCCUCUGUGCAUUGUACCUGUUAGCAGAUGCUAAUUGGGUUAUGUCCUGUCAUGGGAAGUACCACAGCAGUCUGUGGUAAUAGACUUCCUCCCAAGAAUAUUACCAUACACUGCUCUUACGUCUGUAUUAUACCUGGGGGCCCAUGUUUUUAAGUGUGGACCCUAGACAUGUAAAUAAUUUGGUAGAUGAGAGUUUUCCUUUGUGUGUUUUAGAAAUUUCUUCAUAUAGCUUUUAAGAAUUGUCUGUUUUAUAGCCCAAGAUUUUUUUAGGAAAAUAAAACUUAUCAUUUUUUUAUUUGGCUUGAUAGGGUCUUAACAUACUAUUUUCAUGAAAUGUACAUGUUUCUAGAAAAUGUAUUUUUUAUUUACUGCCAUAACUUCUACUAGCACCCUACUCCCAUCUUGCUCCUCACUAUACAUGCAGUAGAGAAGCACUGAGGAGGUUGCUUUGACAGUGUCAUGGCCCAGGGCAUAAUGUGCUUCUGGUAGGAUACUCUGGUUAUCAGUACUGGCAAGACUUUUCAGAGCAAGUCUUGGAGGGCUUGAUAAGAGAGUUGUUAGAGUUAGGGAGGUGGUUGCGUUAACUUAUUUUUUAUUUUGGACAAACAAGGCUUAAUUUCAUACCUUUUGGCUAUUCUAAGAAGAGACUAAUACAAAUGCAGUCACAUAAAGACCAAGUACUGGUGUGGGGGUGGGAAUUAGUCAAAAUGAAAUCAAGGGGCUCAAAAUUGGCAACAGGUUAUCAGUUGAAAAGUAUAUAAUAUGUUGAAAAUGUUUACAUCCAGGAGCAAAAGGAUAUUUUUUGUCCCAUGUUUAUCAAGGUUAGGAAGGAAGGUGUGUCUGGUGUUUUAAAUAUUAGUAGCUCAUAUCAAGAGACAUUAUAUAGCAUAAUGGUUGGGAGCACAGAUUCCCAAGCCAGGAUGCCUGAGUUUGAAGAUCAUUCCAGCACUGCCUACCAGCUGGGCAGCUUACCUUGGACAAAUUCUGGCCUUGUCUAUUCAUCUGUGGGUAUAAUAAUAGUACCUCCUUUAUAGGGUUGUUAUGGGAAAUAAAUGAGAUAAAAGCACUUAGUUCCUGACACAUAGUACCAUUUUAUAUAAAUGUUGGCUAUUAUUAUUAUGCUCUUGGCCAUUUUGUUAUUAGGUUCGAUUUUGAAUACUGUGGUACUAAUUUUGAUUCUAAGAUCCCGAAGUAAAGAUUUAUUUAUACUUUGGAAAGCA